GAAGUGGUAAUGUGGGCGGUGACAAAGUCGCCGGGCCGGGCAGCAGCAAGGGUAGUCCGUCGGUUGUGUUGUAGUCUCCUUAAAUUACUGCUUGCAGUCAGUAGUGGAUCUACAGUUCUUGUAUGUUGCCGUGUCGUUGUGUGUCACUUUCUGGCCGUUGACGGGAGCGCACUUGCUGGUCUCUGGUGUAAUGGAACUGGACAAAAUGGACGAAAACGACUGGAAGUACCACGGAGAAGGAAACAAGAGCCUGGUGGUCUCACACGUACAGCAUCCCAGAGUUCUGCGCCUACUCAAGUAUCCAGCAGAGGACUCUGAAAACCCUCCACAGACAGCAGAGCAGGCUUACAGGCAGAUCCAGAACAUUGUUGACUUUAGCUCCAACGUGAUGAGCAGCCUGCUUGGGGAGAAGUUUAUCCACAGCGGGGAAGUGGUUAAACUGCCUCUCGAGUUUGUGCGGCAGUUAUCAAUCAAAGUCCAACAUCAACGUCCAGCGUGGCGCUGUGAUAAGGUGAUGGACAUCUACAGUGGGUGUGCGCUCUGUCUGCCCAACCUGACGUCUCCAGCCCUCCACCAGCCGACACACACUCCCCCACUCUGCAUCGAGAUCAAGCCUAAAUGCGGUUUCCUGCCAUCCCCCAAACAUGUCAGCAAAGACAUCAAGACCAAAGUGUGUCGCUACUGCAUGCACCAACACUACAAGGUGGCCAACGGGAAGUGGAAGAGACGCAGUUUUUACUGUCCACUCGACCUGUUCUCAGGGAACAGACAGAGAAUGCAUUUUGCCAUCAAACACCUGAUAGAAGAACCUCAGAACAACUUCAAAGUAUUCAAGGGCGGUCAGUGUAUUUACAGCAGUAAGGAAGGUAGCGACGAAUCGCCGGACAUGAACUCUCUGCUGCAUCAUCUCAGACCUUACUUCCUACACGCAAACAAUCGAAUGAACAGUCACGUGACCUGCAAAGCAGUCCUGAACGACUUCAUUCAGGUCCUGGUGAAUGCCCUGCUGAGCAGUGGAGGAGGAGAUGGCGGUGUGGUGGCGGACAGACAAGCGGAGGGGCGGAGUUUCUGUGAGGCGAGCAUCUUCAACAAAGAGAGGAUUCGCCAUGGUUCUCGAGGUUUACCCAACGACAGUGUUUUGUUCAGGAUCCUUCAGACGCAAAUGUUGGACACAUUGGACAUCGAAGGACUUUAUCCUCUUUACCGCCAGGUGGAGCAACACCUGCAGGACUUUCCCAAAGAGAGGACCCGUCUUCAGAUAGAAGGACCGUACAACGAAGCGUUCUUGGAGAAGCUGCAGAAAUGUCCGGCAGAGGACGACGGCUCUGUGGAGUAUGCUGUUGCAAAGGUGCACCAGUACCGUGUGGCCAUGACAGCCAAGGACUGCUCCAUCAUGGUCGCCCUGGUGCCCAGCAGUGAGGAGGAAGAGGACAAUGAAAGUCUUUCCAGUCAGAGGCAGCUCAGGGACUUCAGACCUCCUGCUUUCUCCUAUUCAGCCUCCAUCCUGGAUUUGGACCCGAAGCCGUUUGACAGCAUCCCCCGCCAGCUGCGCCUGGACCAGAAAAUUGUCACCUGUUAUCUGAGGACUGGCGGUGCCUUGCCAAAGGGCCCUCUAAGAGAGAAGGAGGACUGCACGCUGCUCUUCCACCCCAUGUGAGCGCCCAGUCUGAGUCCUGAAGAGGAGGAUAACUGUGGCCCUGAUGCCUCUGAUGAAGAGGAGACGCAGUGUUGGUGGGAUUUUGACCACCCUCAGCGCAGAGCUGCAGCUCCUCACUGCACUUCUGUUGCUGCUCUGCACGAGGUCACCUCUGAAUAACCAGAUAUUUGAGUGACUUCCAGGUGUUUGUGUUACUGAUACAAGAGCAUUUGUAUCGCCCCCAUCGGGAGGUGAAUUCGAACAUCUGUCAUGCUUUAUUAGAGCGUCUCCUGCUUUAACAAAGCGUAUGGUGACAGUUAAGAAUUAACCUCCAGAUUGCCGCAUGUGGCAGUGCUGCAGAAGACAGAGAAGAGGGGAAGUGAUGGAGAAGCAGGUUGUUGGGCUGAUGUCAGUUCAUGAAUGUGGGCGUGGCUGUCCUCUGAUGUUGAGAGAGAGGAGGUGAGGAUCUCUGCUUUGCUUUAAUGUCACUGGUCUGAGGUUUGAUUCUGAGCAGGCUUUGCUUCUGAGCAGGCUUUGCUUCCGUGCUGAAAGAGGUGGCGUGGUGUUUGGUCAUAAGCAAAACGCUGCCUCCCUGUUUGUCCCAAACCCCCAUUGGUUUAAUCUGCUAAAUAUAUGAAAGGUCAAGCCGCAACACAAACCUUUCAAAGUGGAUACAAGCAAAAAGCUGUGUUCAUGUCACUCUGGAGCCACUUUCAUUUUCAAAUUGUUAUUUGGCUUCAUAAAAAUGGACUCACAAGAGUAUGUGUGCUAAUUUUGGUACAUGUGUCCUCUUGUGAAAGUUUAACUAGAUUUAUCAGAGAGGUGAUCUCUUGCAUUUCUGCCUCCACUCCAGUAAAGUUGUGUUGUUGAUGCUCACAGUCGGUCUUUUAUACAGGAUAAGAGGAGUAAAACAAAGGUCUGGAUGGUACUGUUUGAUUAAAAAUAAUAUCGUGUCUGAGAAAAUGGAAAAAAGUUAGCAAAACGGAUUCAGUCUACAGUCUGAUGAGACUGCGUCAGCAACACUGAGCUUCAUGAUGUACUCUGAUAAAGGCCCCGCUGUACCUCAAAGGGUCACUUUACCUGAGCUGAAAGCACAUUACUGCUGCAUUUCACUCAUUCUAACAUUCAAACUAAUUGUUGCUCUGUAGAAAUACAGAAACCUCGAACUUCAGCGUCCUCGUAACGUGGACUCAAGACUCUUCUGUCAUCGGAUGGAGACACUGAUGCAUGAUCAUCACGCGUGUGAUCAUACACAGAGCAUGUCUUUCAUUCAGUCUGAGUGCUGCGAUUUAACUGAGCUGAAAGCUGAAUUUAUGAGAUGAGUCAUUCACUAUAGCAAUGAUGUGAUCAUAAAGAGAAAGUAAACAAUGAUUACUUUUCCUUUGCUGAAGCGAGUCUUGCUUCUCAAUAAUACUUCUGAACACAUAGUCAUGCAUGUGUACAGUCACCAAUCUGUUGCUUUUCCAGCUUUACACCAAAAUAAGCUUUAACAUGCUAAAAAGAAACUAUAUUUCUAUAUUACCACCACCUUUAAUUCUGCCAUACUCAGUUUCAGGAUUCUAUGAGUGGCAUGUUUCCCUCUUUAAAGUCUGUAGUUUGAUUUUUACUGAAUUUCACUCAAAGACUUGACAAACAUUUAAGUCUGUCCACCCAGGAAAGCAUGCACUGUGCAUUUAAUUAGGAUAUUGAUAUCAUGCCAUGCAGGUAUUGAUCCAAUACCUGAGUUCAGUAAAGAGACACUCAGAAUCAGUCAUUUAUCUGUGAUAAAUAAAAUGACAAAUACAUCUAUAACUAUAGAUUUACCGCAGGACCAGGACAGAACCUCAUUAAUGUAAAGAAAAUUUGCUGGCAUGAAAUACCUUCAUGUUGUGAAGUGCAGAGCACUUCCUGUCAAUGUCAGCUUUUUGUUUUUGACUAGAAAUGCAGCUGGUGUGCAGAAAUGUUACCUUAACUUUACUAAUAAAUAAAAUAUUAUUAGUUUCCAUUAUAAUGAAGUAAACCAGCAUCCACAAACUAGUGCCCAGUCAUUGAACCCCUGCUGUUAGUGAUGUUUCCAAGGCGUUGCAUGUUACUCUGCAGCAUAGAUUUAAUUCAAGUCUGCAAAUGAAGCUCUGUGUGGCCUCUCGGCUGCACAGAGGGGGUGUUCAGGGUUUCAAUGUGAAGCAGGGGAAAGUUGCAAAGGCUGCUGGGUAAUAAUAAUAAUUAUAAUAAAAAUUACUCUUCUGACAAGCUGAGCUUCAUGCUGCUGCUGGUUUUUGUGCCAUAAGUGGCUUCUUGUUGUCUGUGUGUGCAUCCAUGUGCCUAAAUGUUCUGGUAGGACUGGAAGCUGAGGGGGGGUGCAUGUGAGUAAACUGUUACAGGCUGCGUUCAAGCGGCGGCGAUCCAUGGACGCAGCCAUGAACUCUCAGUACCUCAAACUCCUGAAGAAUCUCGACAGGGUCAUGUGACGUUUGAGUAAUGAUGUGUUCAGGAGCGCUGCAGGUUUUCCAGCAGUGCCAACAGGCUUCAGAUAAACUGGUAACACUUGACUUCACUUCCUGCUUCCACUCUCCACCUUCAGAUGCCUCCAUCAGCCAGUCUGAAAAUGAAUCACACUAAGAGUCCUCCACACUCCAUUCCUCCUCAUCGCCUAUCAGAAAUUCUGUUAAAUCCAAACACUAAGCUGGAUUCAAUCAAAGUCCGGCUCCCUUUGACACACACCUGGAUUUUUGGGAGGAGGAGAAGUUGAAGGUUGGAGAGUGGACAGCAGUGAACUGAACCAACCACUGAUCGUUUUAAAUGUUGCAAUGAAGACGCCCCAGGCAGGCAGGGCAGCGGAGCGCGGUGAGAUCGAGGAGUGUCCGGACACCUACACAUGUAUACCUCUUCCAUUGAUGCAGAGCAAGUUCUGCAUCUCCACAGGAUCGAGAACUGAAUGUCAGGCAGAUCUUUCUAGUAGACCUGAGCAGAGUAAUUUGGGCUUCCAUCUAAUGCAGAAGAAAAGAUAAUCGGGAAUAAACGGUUACCCUCUGCAUUCAUUUUCACUACAAAGUUCUCAUUUUUCACUCUUUAGUUCAGCUCGAGUGUGAAGUGGUUGGAGACACUUGGCACCAGUAAUAAUUCCACUCACAUGAAGGUUAAAUUAAUUGGGAUCACAACCGUUGACCAACUACAUGUGCCUGUCUGAUGACUUUCUCGCCCCUCUAGCAGCCACUGAUGUUUGUUUUAAGAUCGAGCUUCAGUGCUGCGUCUGUGAAUAAGCGUUAACGGACAGCAGUUUGUCUACAAACUUUCAGCUUUUCAUAACUGCCCAAUUUUUAUUUUUGUUGUAAGAUUUAAAGAAGAGAACUAACACUAUAACCACUGGACGAGGUUGCAUUUAUCGAUGGCCUCGGUGUGAAGUAAAAAUCAUACUUUUCGGUCUGUAAACAACCUUCUAACCGUGUCCAGACCGCUUUGUCUCACCCGUGAGCCGCAGCCCUGCUGCUGUCUGAGCGUUGGCCUGCAGAAAUAUCACAGCACUGUGAUACCGACAGACUUGUAAUAACUGUGUAAAUAGCUGAGAGAAGACAAACUAUCAGAAAUACAAAAGGUGACACUGCUGUCUGGCAUUUUGUAUUUAAAUUAUUUAUUUUUGUAGAUUUUGACCCGUGAGCUCUGCUGUUACAGUCGUGCUCUUUCUAUUGAAAUAAAGAUUUCUAAGAGAC